AUGGUUGUUGAGGCAUUUCUUUCGUCUUUCUUUGGUGUGGUUUUUGAGAUGUUGGCUUCAAGUAAUUUAGUAGGCUAUUUCCAUAAUGUCAAACUUGACACACUGGUAGAGGAACUUGAGUCUAUACUCAAUUCUAUCAACCAAGUGUUGGAUGAUGCAGAGAAGAAGCAAUACGAGAAUCCAGACGUGAAGACGUGGCUUGGUGAUGUUAAACAUGCUAUGUAUGAGGCUGACCUACUAUUAGAUGAGAUUGCCACUGAUGCACCAUUGAAGAAGAUGAGAGUCGAAUCUCAACCAUCUACCAGCACUAUCUUCAACUUCAUUCCAACUCUUACUAAUCCAUUUAAAUCCAGGCUCAAAGAAUUGAUAGAGAGCCUAGAUUCUCUUGUAGGGCAGAAGGAUGAGCUGGAAUUGAAAAAACGAGUGUGUGCUUAUAAUGAAGAUGGAGUCAAUUUGGAACUUUCAGAAAGACUACCCACUACAUAUUUGGUGGAUCCAUCCCGCAUAUAUGGUAGAGAUGCUGAUAAAGAUGAAAUGAUCAAAGUUUUACUUUCAGAGAAUGGCAGUGAUAACCAGGUACCUGUAAUUAGCAUAGUGGGUCUAGGUGGAAUGGGUAAGACCACUUUUGCUAAGCUUGUGUACAAUGACCACGCGAUAGAGGACCAUUUUGAACUUAAAGCUUGGGUCUAUGUCCCAGAACCUUUGGAUGUUGUUGGACUCACCAAAGAAAUUCUCAAGUCAUUUCAUUCUUCAUUAGAUGAUGAAUCUGUUUUCAAUCUACUCCAACAGUGGUUGGGUAAUGUCAUUGCUCCUGUAGAUGAUGCGAUAGCAACUUUGAAAGAUAAGAAGUAUUUAGAAGAAAUACUUAUGAAAUUCAAUAGCAGAAGAGACGAAAUGUAUGACUCAAUAGUUGAAAGCAGCGUGUCUGUCUUGGAGGCUCUUCAACCAAAUAGCAACUUAAAGAGGCUCACUAUUGAGAACUACUUUGGCAUUAUGUUUCCAAAUUGGAUAAAUGGUUGUCAUUUACCCAACUUAGUAUCUUUUACAUUGCAUAACUGUGGAUUAUGUUCCCAUUUGCCAUCACUUGGGCAGCUCCCCUACCUCAAAGAGCUUUUCAUUUCAGAUUGUACCGGAAUAAAGAUAAUUGGCGAAGAGUUUUAUGGAAAUAACUCAACAAGCGUUCCGUUCAGGUCCCUUGAAGUAUUGAAAUUUGAGAGGAUGGACAAUUGGGAGAAAUGGUUUUGUCUUGAUUCUCUUGAAGAUCCUAGCAGCUCCACCGAUAUCAUAUUAUGGGGAUGUCUUCCGAAAAGUAAAUUUGGAAUCGAACGACAUAAAAAGGUCCAACGGUUCUUUGAUGGGAUUAUUAGGCCUUCGGGUGCAAAUAAUGGGCCAUGUGACCUUAAAACCCACAUAUGGCAAGGGAGCAAACGCCAUUGA